ACGACCAGACAUCUCUGCAAGAUGGCAGAACCAAAUCCUCCAAACGCAACUCUCUACCUGCGCAACCUUCCGGAGCGCCAAGUGAGCAUUCCCCUUCUCAAAGAGGGCAUCAGAGAGAUUGUGGAGGACCUCGGGACCGUGCUCGACAUCCGCGCUGGAAAGAGCCUCAAGCAACGUGGUCAGGCCUUCGUCGUGUACAGCCGCGUGGAAGAAGCAACAGAGGCGCAUGACAUUCUGCAAGACAUCGAGCUAUUCGGCCGCAAGAUCCAGGUGCAAUACGCUCGUGCGCGCAGCGAUGCGACAGUGCAGAAAGAUGAUGGAGAGGAAGCUUUAGCGGAGCACAAGAAAGUCAGGCUGGCUGAGAAGGCGCGCAAGCAAGCUCUCGAAGAGGCCAAACCCGUCAAACGUGCCGCCGAGCGCGACUCCAUCGCCGAGCGACCCGCCAAGGCCAACAAAGCCGCCACAGCCGUGGCCGACGACUAUCUCCCUCCUAACAGGAUCCUUCUACUCCGCGACUUCCCUGAAGGCUAUGGCAAGACCGAGCUCACCGCUCUAUUUCAGCGAUACCCCGGCUUCAAGGAGAUCCGCAUGGUCCCUGGCCGUGCUGGUCUGGCGUUUGCGGAGUACGAGGAGGAGACCCAGUCUGCGGCGGCCAGAGAGGCCCUCAAUGGAAUGUCAAUGGGAGAUUCCAAGUUCAAGGUCACUUUCCAGAAGAAGCAGUGA